CACCAACUUGCGAACAGUCAACAUCGGCGUACUCGACCCUUCCUGAGACGGCGUCUGCCUCUCUACCCGGUCUCAAAUUUACAGGCACGCCUGUGCGGCGCAGAGGCAUGAAUGAACCUCUUCGAUACGGUCCACCGCGCCAGUCUGCCCAAUGCCCCCGCGAUGCGCGGCACUUCGCUCCCGAGCGAGCUGGUGCCCGGCACCAACAGCCUCGCCAGACAGCGUCUGGAUCACCGACACGAUGCUGCGCCAAGCCAUUGAGCGCUAUCACCGGGCCUCUGCGCAAUCACGCCGAACUCUGAGCUCUUUCCCGGGUCCUAUGGAAAGUCGUCGGCGGAUGGGCAAACGUCAUAUGACGGCCGUCAUGUCCGACUCGCGUUCCGCCGCAUCGCCCUGGUCCAUUGAGCUCCCCCUCCAGCCCGGCGAGUGGAAAUGGGAAGCUCCGACUGAACCAGGAAACCGAGUUCGAAAUGAAAACAAGUUCAGCCUACGUCGGAAUAUGGACCGCCUCAUCGGAUGGCUUGAGAAUCCCGAUGAAGACACCCCGAUGACCACAUCCAUCACUUCCACCGCCCAGCCACGCGCGGUUGAAGCCACGAUGGUUUCCUCUUUCCAGCGGUCGCUUACCGAACUCCACCAACGCCUCGGGGCCAUUGACCUCGCAGAUUCCGACGAAAGGGCAGUCUGGGUAGCUUGCAAACCCUUCUCCGACCACAUUCAACACUCAAUCCUAGAGAACAUGAUCACUAGCGACGAUAUGAUCAUAGCACUUGACCCUUUCGAUUCCCAAAUAAAGGAUAAACUGACCGUUGGAUUGCUGGACGCGAUACGUGCCAGAAUGGCGACCCAGCUCGUCCGAGCCAUUUAUAUCUCCCGACCUGAUAAAGAGCACGAUCGCUACGCCGAUCGAUUUUGGAAGGCCAGUGUCAAUCUACUCAGAGAAAUGGGGACACAGCAGUUCCAGACCUACUUCUACUUUUUCCGGCUCGCACAGUGUAUCCCACGCAAACGCCACGAGCGCCUUAGCAAAGCCCUCGUCUUUGACAUGAUAGCAGCAUACGUCGAAUUUCAAGCAUCUCUCCCUUUUCCGCACAAACAUUCGACCAACCAUAACAUCAUUCUCAGUGCAGCCAUCAAGCACCUGGACCGAGAGAGACCACAAUUGAUGUGGGAGGCAGUCCUCGAGAUUCUGAGUCAGAGGCAUAGUGGGGAGCAUCUCACCAGGCUUCAACGCCAGGCGGUCAUGACCAUGUCAUUCAGCCCGUAUGUGACAAGUCGGGAGUGCUUCGAAAUGUACCCUAGUGAGUGGACCAGCACCGACGCGUUUCUUUACACAAAGGGCCGUCUGUGGGCCACCAGGUGUUUUCAGAGGAACUCCGUGCCCUCCUUUAUACACCUAGACGUCGCGGGUCUGGACUGGGCAAGCAUUGUGAAGCAUAUUUGGGAUGCUCCCGAAACAGAAAGGAAGAUUCUCCUGAAACACCUCUGUCGGUCCACAAUCAAGACUGGACAAUUCCGGACAAUGGCAGAGCAGCUGGUAGAGAAAAUGCCGUGGAAUACGAGACUAUUUCGGGAGAUUGCCAUUGCCAGUGGAAACUAUCGAAAGGCGCGAUUGCUUUGGAGGCUAGUCCGCGACAAGUCAGGGAUUACGUACAUAAUCCGAUGCUGGGACUGGACGGCAUGGACCCCAUACGUGGAAGCCAUGAUCAAAGACCCCGACAUGAAUAUCAGGUUCAUUUGGCGGGUUCUCGCUCUCAAUUGGGGCCAGCCCAACAAGGCUGACCCUGGUAGGGCGUUGUGCGGCAUCAAUAGCCAGACGGAGCUCCUCGAGCUAAUGGCAAGAUGGUUUCUCGAGGCGGAUCAUCUCAGCGAGCGACAAACUCUCCACUGCAUCCAGGAGUGUCUUGCUGUGUACCAGUCAAUCGACAAGAACCUGUCUCCGCAAAUAAUACUUUGUAUGGUCGAAGUCAUACUGCGGGAUCUUGAACGAGGAAAUUAUGGUCGCCAGGAACGAUUGGCGUGGAUGGUGCGCCUCAUCAAGAAGCAUCUGGGAGAUGAGGAGGCGGACAAGGUCCUGUUUCAGCUCCGAGGGUGGCGGUGGACUAUUGAGAACCGAACCCAGCGUCCCGAAAAGCCUACGGUCAAACAAAUCGAGGACGAGUUGGCGAUGCUCGCCAAAGAAGCUGCGGGGGGAGAUCUCAAAGGCAAACCCUUGGCGAUGAUCCAAGGGCUAGAAAAGAUGCCAGAAGACAACCUUUCCGGCAUUGAUGAACAUGAAAACUUGGAGGCCGUCAUCCGAGAAAUGAGAAAGAUGGACAGCGCGGCUGGCUAAGGACUGAAGCAAAACAGACGAUAGGGAAUCAUGGGCAGGUCAAGGAAGGACAUACAUAGAAAAAAAAAGAGCGCGCCAUAUAUGGAGUGUAGAACGGGGGCUUACAAUCAGCCAUUCAUACUAGUAUAUUAGUAUAUAGAUACAGCAACAAGUGGACCAAGAGGUGGCCACACAGUUCCAGGCCUCGAUCAUGAUGCAAACCUUGACCUCUUGAGUAUACAGAAAUUCACCAUGAUCUAGGG